GUCGAUGCUGACCCUGUGCGGGCACCGCGGCUCGCUGAUGAACGAGUUGCUUUCGGCCGCGCUUUCAGGGCUUUCAGCAAGCUCGAGAUCUUGCCAAUGUCGGUGAAGUUGGCCUUGGCACCCUGGGUCGCAUUCGGGGGUGCCAAUGCAAUAUGCUGCAGCCUGGUCGUUGCAGCCACACAGGUGAGUUGGCAACUGGGCUUCUCAUUGACCGCAGCAUACUGUAUGGCUUCGCUGGGCCUUGCAGUGAACCUGGAAAGCCAGAGGUGGCAACACGGACUUCGCAGUUGGCUCUGGAUCUUGGUCUGUUGUCAGGUGGGCUGCGUCGGUACGUGGUUCAGCAUGAACGUGAUAGCUCCUUGGAAUUUCUCCAUGGAGGUCCCUGCGCACGAUUCGCUGGAUACGCUGGGCCUCGGUCACAUUGUCCACGGUCAACAUCUCUACUUCUCGCAGACCAAUGCGUCUGGAAGGAUACUCAUGCGUGCAAACCACGGAUCCGUUGACUAUGUCCCUCCAGGUGUUAUGGAUGCUCAUUCCUUCAUCGAGCACAAUGGCGAUCUCUUUUUCAUUGGUCGAGUGCUGGAAGGAGGCGCAGGUGAAUGCCUCUGGGGAAUGAGAGGCGACGGCGGAGAUGCCAUCCUUCUCCAAGCGUUUCAGCCCGGCUUCCAGCUGAGGCACCUCAGGAGAAAUGAGAGCCUGGGUGCCGUUUUCUUCCAGGCGGUUGGUUUGUGCGGCUGGUUUCGCAGCAUCACAGAGUUCAGAAGCAACGGAACUGUCGAAGGAACAGAACCGAACUCUGAAGGAAUCGAAGGAACCGGAGGUGACUUUCCAGGGCUGGUGGAUUUGUGCUUGAAGCUCGCUUCUGGAAUGGAGUGGAGGCCUCCCACUGGCCGACUUCUGUCGAUCCUUCUGCUUGGGAUUCUUCCGCAGACAGGCCUUGCGACUUACUUGCUCAUUUGGAAGAAGGUACCGGGUGUCUUUUUGAACGUCUUCGUGGGAGCUUAUGCAGCGACCUUCAUCCUGUGGAUAUUGAUGAAGGGUAUGGCGGUCAACCUUCUCCUGUUCUUGCAGGCGUCCACCAUGACCUAUGCGACGACGGCCUGCGUGGCCGUAGCUCUGAAUCAGGUGCUGUGGAGCAACGUGUCCAGAAAUGCAUCCUUCGUCGAGGAACUGGGCACCUGGGCCUCCAGCAUCAGCUGCAUUAGCUUCUUCGGUGCAGUGCAUCUGGCGUUGAAUAUUCCUUCCUCGGAGGGAUGGGCUUGGCCUCUCUAUGGAAUCCUCAUCCUUCCACAGAUUGCUUUUGCACUUCUCAUGCGCAGGACGACACCCAUGGCGCUCUUCAUCGCUGGAGCGCUGGUGUUGCUCUAUAAGGCAAUUCUCGAGACGUUGAAUCCACGGAUAGGUUUUCCAGCAGACUUGUCAAGAGCACUACAGCUUGGUGUUUUCUAUGCGAUUGGAGGCAUUGUGCUGUUGUUUCUCUUGGUCUAUCACGACAACAAGACUUUUCUCGAGGCAGUAGUCCACAGACACCUUCGACGCAGCCAUGUGCCUGUCGAGGCAGAGUCGGAUGAGUUGGUGGUGUCAGCGCCGGUGCUGGAGCCAGACGAAGAAGAAGAGUCCUGGCUCAUUCUGCAGCAGCUGCCAUGGCAGCAACUGCUGCAGCUGCAUCGGCAUUUGUCCUCAGCACCAGAGAUGGAGAAGGCUGAGGAUGAGGAAGAUUGCUGAAGAUGCUGCAAAGGUAUUGACAGAUAUUUAUUACAU